AUGGUUGAUUCAGAUAGGAGGUCGCUUUCGCUGGACACAGAGCUGGGCCUCCAUCGUCAGUCUCAGAACUCAGAACGACAGGCGCUGACGUCUCACGUUGACGGACACCCCGUUGAUCCAGCCGUUAGCAACGACAACUGGCGUCCCCAAACUCCUGCCAGACCGCGCAACAACGACACCAGACAACGGUUCUGGGCGCAGUUCAGAGGAAAAGAUCGCAGAAGGGUUGGUUGGCGACAGAGUCUAUAUGCUAUUGUUACGUCCUCAUGGCUCAAUGUAUUCAUAAUAUUCAUUCCAUUUGCGUGGGUGGCUCGUUUUCAUACCUCAUGGGGCCAUGUGGCUGCCUUCGUGUUCGCCUUUCUCGGGAUCAUGCCUCUCGUAAAGAUCUUUGACUGGGGUGGUGAACAGUUGGCCAUGUACUGCGGCGAGGAUCUUGGUGACCUUGUCAUCAUCACACUGAGCAACGCAGUUGAAGCUACUCUAGCAAUCAUUCUGCUAUUGAAAUGCGAACUCAAGCUCUUGCAAUCCACUAUUGCCGGCGUCAUUCUAUUACACUUACUUCUUAUCCCAGGCACCGCCUUUCUGACUGGAGGGGUGCGGAUCUUAGAACAAGAGCUACAUCCACAGCGGACCCAAUUGAAUCACACGCUCCUAACGCUCGGAGUACUUGCACUAGUGAUCCCUGCCUCGUUUUUUGCAGCACUUGAUCGUAGCGCCUCCGGCGCAGAGGGGUCAGAAUCACAGCUCAUCAACGACCAUAUCCGUAACGAAUUCAUGCGCAUCAGUCGAGGCUUCGCUGUUAUUCUCCUUGUCGUAUAUAUUUGCUCUCGCUUCUAUUUGCACGAUCCUCCUGGUGAUGACAAUGCUCUCCGUCUCCCUGCUGAUGCACCGAAGGAAGCCAUCGAGAGAUCCCAAGAACUUGCGAAGGCAGAACCAGAAGUCAACCCUUGGACGUGCACUCUCUUGCUCAUCAUCACGGUUGCGGUCAUGGCUGUCACCGCUGAAUUUCUUGUCGAAAGUAUCGAACCAGUCAGAGAAAAAGGGCAUAUACAGGAUGAAUGGUUUGGACUCAUCCUUUUGCCCGCCAUUUCGUUCUCCGCGGACGCGAUGGUGGCCAUCGUCUACUUCGUCCGCUCUAGUCUAAAAUACUUCUUCAAGGCGCCACCACCACCAGAAUCCAUCGCCGAAGCCAAGGCGAUCGACCUCAGUAUACAGUUCACCCUAUUUUGGAUGCCGUUGUUUGUCCUGAUCGGCUGGUGGACGGGAAAACCCCUGACAAUUCUAUUCGAUCUUUUCGAGGUGGCGGUCCUCAUUGGGUCGUGCUUCCUGGUAAACUAUGUCACUGCAGAUGCGAAGACAAACUGGGUCGAAGGCAUCAUCAUGAUGUCGUUAUAUCUGAUGAUCGCUACUGCAGCGUGGUUCUACCCAGGACAGUCGGAGAUUGGGAUUAUGUCUGCUUGCGAGAGCGUCCAAGAAGCACUUGCUGUCGGUGCCGGGGCUGAGUAG